CAGUGUUGGGAUUUCACUUUGAAGUGCUCCAGCAAUGAAUGCGUUAAACGUUUUCAUCAGAGACUUAAAAAAAAAAAAACGUAUAAGGAGGAUUUGCCAGAAAAUUAGUUUAUAAAAGAAAGUGAAAGCUGUGUCACACAUUAGAGAGCAGAGAAGAGAAAGUGCAGCAUUACCUUCAUCUCAGCUUUUCUUCAAAAAUGUAACUGUCGAUCACAGGAGGCAGAACCCGCUUCAGUGAGACCUCCCUUCCUCCCUUCACUGUGGGAUCCUCCACUUCCCCCGCAGCAGAGCAGACGCCUUCGCAGGAGGACUGAGAGCUUCCCAGGCACCUCUGGCCGUGCAGGAGCAGGCAUGACGACAGGAAGGAUCUGCUGCCUGGUGCUGCUGACCCUCGGGGUGCUGGCGGCCGUGGUUGUGCUCCUGGUCACCCUGACUCAACCCAAGUGUGGUCCUCAGCAGUACCUGCAUGGAGCUGUGGCUGCUGACACCGAGACCUGCUCUAACAUCGGCCGGGACAUCCUGAAAAGAGGGGGCUCAGCUGUGGAUGCUGCCAUCGCUGGUUUGAUCUGCACAUCAGUGAUGAACCCUCAGAGUUCAGGCCUGGGUGGUGGAGUCGUAUUUACAAUCUAUAAUGCAAGCACAGGAACAGUCGAGGUGAUCAAUGCCCGUGAAACAGCUCCCCAAGGCAUUCCUAGCGAUCUGCUGUCUGGCUGUGCUCGUUUACCCAUCGGUCCCCGAUGGAUUGCUGUACCAGGAGAAAUUCGUGGGUAUGAAGUAGCCCAUAAGCGAUACGGCCGCUUGCCAUGGAAAUCCCUGUUUGAACCAACCAUCAAGCUCCUUUCAGACCCACUUGUUGUUUCCCCAGUUAUGGACAAAAUAAUCAAUCACCGAAACUUCUCCCAAGUGGGACGAAACCUGUGCCCGUUGAUUUGUGAUGGUCAGAAGUUUUUGACGACUGGAAAGACUUUCAGGUGGCCAGCACUGCAGCAGACACUGAAAAUUUUGGCCGAAAAUGGAGCUACAGCGUUUUAUGAGGGACAGAUAGGAGAGGCCCUGGUGGAAGACAUUAGGAAAGUUGGGUCUGUUAUCUCAAUGGAGGACCUUAAGGCAUACAAAGCAGAAGUAUCCUCAGCUCUGAACAUUACCCUGAACAAAAACACCACUGUGUUUUCUCCUCCUCCGCCCUUGGGAGGUGCUGUGCUACUGUUCAUCCUCAAGAUAUUGGAAGAGUAUAAAUUCCAUGAGGCAUCAUUGUCGACACCAAAGGAAAAGGGAGAAACCUACCAUCUUAUUGCAGAGGCCUUGAAGUUUGGCAAUAUGCUAAAACCUGAGAUGAAAGAUCCAACCUUCUCUGAAGCUAAGGCAACUGUGGCAAUCAUGCUGUCCAACGGGACUGCUGAGCGUGUCAGAAGCCAAAUAGAUGCCCGUGGGGACCAUCCACUUGAGCAUUAUAACUUCUGGAAGCUCGUCCACAGCCACUAUGAAAGUAGAGGCACAAGCCACAUCUCUGUGCUCGCUGCAGAUGGCAGUGCUGUGUCUGCCACCAGCACCAUCAACUAUCCGUUUGGCUCCUUCAUUUAUUCCAACCAGACUGGGAUCAUUUUGAAUAAUGAACUUGCAGAUUUCUGCACAGCAAAUGCAAAUAUUAAUGCAGGAGAGAGGCCUCCCUCAGCAAUGGUGCCUUCUAUCCUCAUCUCCAAGUCAGGAGACAUGCUGGUGAUUGGAGGGGCAGGAGGGGGCUGGAUUAUCAGUGCUACUGCUAUGGCCAUUGUAAACAAGCUGUGGUUUGGUUAUGAUUUGGAACGUGCCAUUUCAUCUCCCAUCAUGCAUACCAACAAAGACAGCAUCCUGUUUGAGAAACACUUCAGUGAGGAUGUUAGAAACAACCUGCUGAAAAGAGGACACAAAGAACAGAAAGUUGAAUUCGCAAUGAAUGUCGUGCAGGGAGUUUCCAAGGAAGGAAAAUGCAUCUCUGCUUACUCUGAUAAAAGGAAGCUGGGGAAAUCAGCUGGAUAUUAGCAUGAAAUGCCAUCUCAACGUCUCUAUUCUAAUCCAAACCACAGGAGAUAACUAAAUUCAGAUUCAUGCAUCUUCCACUGCUGCUCGAGAGCCUCGGUUAAGAACAGAAUUGGUUUCUUUCAGGCUGUUGCCAUGAUAAGCUUCUUCUAAUUGCUGGGGCUCAGCAAUGUGAAUUAACUGAGUAACUAUAGGAAAUGUCAGUAGGGUGAGGGUUACAACGUAUACAAUUACAUUGGGGCUUCCAGGGUGGGUUUAGAAAGAGAAGAAAGCAAAACUUUGUGUUCUACCUCUUGGUUUUCCCAUCCAGAUGAGCCUUACUUUUCUCAAAGAAUGGCAGAUGGAAUCAGUGCACCAUAGCACCAGCUUACUGCCAAGCAUGUUCUCUACUUUAGAGACAUAAUGGAAACCAGGAGCUGAAGCCUUAUUCUACUCUGCCUACUGGUCACCUAAAGUCUAAACCUCCUAUGGGGCAAUGUGAAGUUGCUGCUUCGCUCCUUGAUGACACCUCUCCCUGUAGUAGGAGAGUCCUCAUUUAUGCCUGUUCUUCCUCCUCAUUGCCUGCAGAAGAGAAGUAGUUUGGGAAGACAGAUAAAGACAGCAGUUGAAGAAAAACUGUAUUGCUUCUGAAGCUUUAUAAAACUUCCUUCGAAAUGCAAAGGAUAUAUAAUCAGAAGACUUAUUUUGUAGGCAUGAGCUUCUUCUGGACAGGCAAACACCAAGACUGCUGAAAAGUGCUGAUGCAGUUGCAAAACACCUUUCUUAGCCUGAGUACAUGCUCUAAUUCUCUGUUUAUUACAAAUAGUCUCAAAUGUUCCCUGAAGAUGACAAGAAUGAAACUGCAUGACUAGUUAGGAGCUUCUGGAGGAGAGAUCUGAACACGUUUAUCUGGAUACAAGAGGUCCUUUGCCAUUACCCUGUAACCUUGCCCUUCUUAGGAUGGCCAAAGGAAUUUAAUGUUAAAACAAGUAUAAACAUCUCACAAUGCAUUUCUCAAAUAACCAAAAACUUCUGUUUUCUGAAAGCUUGUGAAUGUUACUUUCCUAUGGAUGCAGACAGUAUUAUAUGAGUGUUUCUGACAGCAAAGUUAAACUAGGUAGGCACUAGCAGAGCCCUCCUUACCCCCCAUGAUUGUCACCUCCCAUGCAGCCCUUGGUAUUUCAACUGCACAAACAAAAAACCUUGCUCUGUGGCCACCAAUAGCAAGUAUUUGAGCACAGGCAAUUAAAGCAAACUCAGACCAGACCAUCUGCCUGCACUGUUGUAAAGAAAGAGAGGUGAGUAAUGAGUCUACAUUCUUAACAACAAAAUUUUGUCAGUAAGUCAUUGACUUGUUGAAACCUUGGCCUUCAGAUGAAUUUCAAUGAUUUUCUAAGUAAAGCUCUCUAGAUCCAGACAGAGUAGCCAGACUACUCAGGAUCCUGGCUUUAACAAGAUCUGCAUUUAUUUCUAGCUUGACCAACUGCUUAGGGCUUACAGAAAAGCAACCAAAAUGACACUGGCUGAAGGCAGGGGGAGCAGCUCUUGCUUUGCUAUUAAACCAUGCCCCAUCACGUCUCACUUCCAGAAAAACCAAGCCAUAAAGCAACUGAUUCUCCUAAUUCCUUUCAUUUCAUUACCAAAGGGUAAAGCACACCUCAGUUAUCCAGCCAGUGCAGUGUAUCACCUUUCCAAUAUCUGCCAUCACUGCAACGUCUCACAAGGAAGCUACGGGAAUAUUAUCUUCUGACCAGCACUUGCUGCAAUUUAACUGCUUUGCUAUUAACACUGAAACCAAUUGAGCUGUUUCAGAACCUGUCACAGAUUUCAUCUGCAAGGCAGAAAGGAAUGCAUGCAGACUGCCCACUGUGGCAGCCCUCACUGACAAACAAAACAUCUCGUGAAGCUGAAAUCUGUACCUCCUCCUCACCCUGCCACCUCCUCAGUGCUCCAGAAACUCAGAGUCUCCCAGGUUCAUCCCUCCCCAUUCAUGCUGAUGCCAACAGAAGAGCAUUAUUUUUAUAACUAGUCAAGUCACAUGGACUUUUAAAGCACUGCUGUACAUAAGCUGCUCUGUUUUCUAACAAGAUCUUUAAAUUAUAUUUUUAAUAAAGUGUUUUAAACCUUAAACUGUUCCCUAGCUCAGAGCACAAGCAGUUGUUUGAGAGAGGACUUACCUCCUUACUUUCACUGACAUUCACCUACUGAUACAGAGCCUCAAUGCAGCAUGAAUUGAAUGUGGAACCAAAGCAGCUGGGAGAUGUGCAUGCCCUAUGUACAGCUACAUCCAAGUGAGAAGCAGAUGGAUGCCACAGCAUGGGUGAGUGUCUACAGCCUGCUUAAAAAAAAAAAAAAAAGUGUAGGAUGUAGAUUCAAGCCUUUAGUUUUAUGUUUAGUUUUAUAAAUGAGCCCUUUGUAGCGAUACUGAUAAACAAACAUAUUAAAAAAGCCCAAGCCAAUGGUUCUGUAGAGCAAAGAAUUCAAAUGCACUUAUAAUAAUCAUUUGAAACAGAAGUGUGGUUAGCCAUGAUGAAAACUAAACUUUCCAGAAGGGAAAUUUUGUAAAAUAGGUUAUAAAUAGGGAAUUUUCCUCACCAGAUACAGUAAAUUCAGGAAGGAAAGAGUGACUUAUGUGCCUCAAACUGCUAGAAGCAGUUCAGCAGAAGUUUUUCAUGUUUGUCACUUCCCAGAAGCCAGUUAUCCCCAUUUCUGAGCACAUGCUACACUAACUGCAGUGACUGUGUCAAUGCAUCACCUCCACUGGCACAGAUGUUGAUGAACACAGCGUGCAGGCUGUUGUUCAUUGCUGGUGAAAAAAUACAGCUGAUGGUGGUGACUGUUUUGAAAAAUAUGUCUUCAGAGAUGAGAAUUUGCUCUAACAAACAGCAUUACUGUGCUCUUUGUAUCUGUUGUGGUUUCUAUGAAAACAAAUAGGAGGCAUUACUUUCAGAGCAACCUCUAUCUUUCUCAGAUCUCACUUGGCCAAGAAAGCUCAGCUUGUUUUAUGUCCAAAGAGCCAAGUACUCCCUGCAAGUAUCACAGCUGCCGCUGCAGCACACAGCCCUGUAUCCAAACUUCCUACAAUACACCUGCACACUGGAUUUCUACUGCAGCCUGCCACUGAGGAACAGCUAUCCUGGCAUUACAAGAGGUGGAACAGUCGAAGUCACAGUUCUGCAAAAGGAAAACAACCCAACAACAUCAAGGUUUGGCCUCACACCAAUUUUGUUCUUCCAGGAACACAAUGACUGCAUUGUUCACAAUUAAUUACUGCCUUAGCUGCACUGAACACCUCCUCAUCAGUAACAGCUGAGGAAGAAGACAUCCAGAGUUCAUCCCAGGCUCCUUUCAGUAAAAGUCACUUAUUUAGUUGGAGUUAUAUAAGCACAUACAUUCCUCAGUGUCAUAACCCUAUCAAAAGCAUCAUCUAUCUCACUAUCACUGAAGACUCACAUCAAUUCCAGCAAGUACUGAGACAGAGGCAGCAUGUAAUGCCUACAGUUUCAGGCUUUCAUUUUCUCUUCAGUACGUUCUGUAUUUUGAGCCUCUUACAGUCUGACAGGAAGUUUCCACCAGCCAAACAGAUGCAAUUAGUUACUAUUACCACUGUUUCCAGGAUUUCAUAAACACCCCUUAAAGCCUGACAGCAUCUGGGAACACUCAUUUCUUGAUCUUAGGCAAAGUUUAUAUGACGUGGUAUUUCAGUCCAUGCUGGUAAGAGAACACCAACACCUACCUGUGUGUAGGCACUGACACUGUUAUCCAUUCCAAAUCAGAUACAGAUUACUGAGAGCUCACUGACUGAUUAACUACAGCUUACCUUCAAACGACCAGCUACAGCAUGCUUUUUAGAGGCUUAAUUUCCUCAGAAUCCAGGCCUGCAGUAUGAUGGGGUAGGAAGCAAGCUGGAGAAAGAACACGUUUGUUUUGGAUAUUUAAUUAUAUGUAUUUUUUCACUCAUAGCUUCAACAAGAAAACAAAAUCUCAGGAGAACUUUGUUCAUGGAGACUCUCACCAUCCCUUUUGGUAACAUCAGCUGUAUGGGCAAGAAAAAAUAUGUGACACCAUUUUUAUUUGUUUUAGUUGUGCUCAGUUUUACAGGUAGCAUCCUCCCUUUAGACCUUCUCAACGAAAACAUAAGAAAGGUUGAAGCCAUUUCCCCUGUUAUCCACUCAUCUCCAACAAUCAGCUGAAGUGAAAAGCAGAAAAACAUCUUGUUUUAAAAAAAAAAAACAAAGAGCAGUGAGUUUGUGAAGGUUUAUCCCAGUUUGAGCCAAGCUCCCUCCUA